AUGUCUGCAGAUGGCCAGAGCCCGAAAAUCUACAGACCGAAACCUCGACGACCAUUCGAUCACAAUGCCGCACCUCAUCAACCACCAAGUCCACUCCUCCCCCAUGACCAAGCAGACGAAACGCCAUCUCGAACUCACUCCGUAUUGAAUCUCACAUCUUCGACGCUACUUGGCAUAUACUCCCCAACAGGCUACGACCGUGACAAUACCGAACCAUCCACACCAUGGGGGACAGGCGCGGAAACCCCAUAUAAUGAGUCCCCACGGCCUUCCAUGUCUCGAACAUUGUCAAUACCUCGUCCAGUGCCAGUACCAUCUACGAGUUCAAGGUUGUUUUCCACGGCCUGGAGGACCAUUUUAUUAUUCGGCAUAGGCAUGGGCUAUGGAGGUCUCGUACGACAUCUACACGAUGACAGGAAACUGGCUGCGUUUCAGGUGGAAGGAAUCAUAAAACCAAGGGAUGACUGGACAUAUCUCGUAUUCUGGGGGGUUGCUGGAGUAGCAUUGGGGAGUCUGUUACCUUAUAUCGAUACGCUGAUGUACCCACCGACAUCAGAGAGAGUAGACUCGGGCAGUGUCUCGAAGAGGCGACUCUCAGGCCCCGUGGACGACGAGAACCUCGAUUCCAGCGGCCUCCUAGGCGCAGAUUGGACACCAGCCAUCCGAAGCGUCGGCGCCUUCGUCGGUAUAGCUUACGCGAUUCGCAAACUCCCCUGGGCCUCAUCCCUCCAAGCCUCCCUAACACUCUUCCUCGUCAACCCCGUCCUCUGGUACCUAAUCGACCGGUCCGUCCCCGGCUUCGUCCUCUCCUCUGCCGUCGGCGCAGCCGGCACAGCGUUGCUCCUCGCCUCGAACCCGGAUAUGAUGCCUUCGCCCGCCACUUACGGACGUACAUCCAACAACUCCCUCUCCCACACUGAGAUCCUGGGCGAACUGCAGGUUAUGGGUGUGGAAGUGGGGGAUUAUGUUAGUAGAGAGAGUAUUGAGGGUGGUAUUUGGAUUCUGAGUGUGUUGUUCUGUAGUUGUGUGUGUUUUGGGAAUAUUGGGCGGAGACUUGCGUUGAGUGGGGUAGGGGUACGGGUGUAG